AUGUCCGAUAAGCAAGAGACUUCGCCCCGUGGUCGUGGUCGAGGUCGCGGUCGAGGUGGUCGUCGUAGUGGCACCUCUGUGGGAGAGGAUGAAGCGGGCGCUGAUUCGCCGAAGCAUGGACGAGUGUUGAGUGAGGAAGAGAAGGCGGAUUUUGUGAGUUACCAGCAAGAAAUGGACCAAAGGCGAGAUCGUUAUGAGAGGAUCGUGAAGUUGUCGCGUGAUUUGAUCAUUGAAUGCAAACGAAUCAUCUUCCAACUUCAUCGCUUUCCCACCGCAAAAACACCUGAAGAAAAAGAAAUGGACCAGAGGCGAGAUCGUUACGAGAGGAUCGUGAAAUUGUCGCGUGAUUUGAUCAUUGAAUGCAAGCGAAUCAUCUUUCAACUUCAUCGCUUCCCCACUGCAAAAACACCUGAAGAAAAAGAAAAUUUGCUGUCUGAAGUUGGCGGCCGUUUGGAUGAUGUGCGUAAUAAAAUAAUACAUGGAAUAGCAGUGGAACUGCGUGGCCAGGACCACUAUUACUAUGCCAAAUCCUACGUUUGG